CUACCUGGAGGGGGCGGAGCUGUCUGUCCUGCAGCUGAACACCAAUGAACGUCUGUGUGUCAAGUUCGAGUUUCUGUCCAAACUGAGGCACCAUCACAAGCGGUGGCGUUUUGCCUUCAGCCACUUCGUGGUGGAGCCGGGCCAGGAGUACGAGGUGACUGUCCACCACCUGCCUAAGCCCAUCCCUGACGGGGACCCGAACCACCAGUCCAGACACUUCUUGGUGCCCGACUGCGAGGACCCCAGGAUGAAGAUCGCCACGCCAUGCGUGAGCUCAGGCAGCCUGUGGGACCCCGACAUCGCCGUGGAGGCCCUGGAGGCCCGGCAGCUGCGGGUGAGCUUCACCCUGUGGAACGAGUCCACCGGUUACCAGGUCCUAGUGAGCAGCUUUCCGCGCGCGGAUGACCAGAGCUGCUUCCAACGUGUCCUGGACGUGCCUGCGCCCCCACAAGAGGCAUUCCACCAGCGCUCCAACGUCACAGUCACCCUACAGAACUUGAACUGGUGCUGUCACCACCAUGUGCAGGUCCAGCCCUUCUUCAGCAGCUGCCUCAAUGACUGCCUCCGACACUCAAUGACCGUCCCCUGCCCAGAGGGGCGGCACACCCCAGACACGAUUGAAGACUACCUGCCCCUGUGGGUGUACGGCUUCAUCACGGGCCUCUCCAUCCUGCUGGUGGGUUCCGUCAUCCUGCUGAUCGUCUGCAUGACCUGGCGGCUACCCGGCUCCCACCACGGCAAGUAUGAAGAUGGCAGCAAAUGCACAGAUGUCCUCCCCGCUGCCAGCCUGAGCCCCCCACCCCUGAAGCCCAGGAAGGUCUGGAUCGUGUACUCGGCCGACCACCCCCUCUACGUGGAUGUGGUCCUGAAGUUCGCCCAGUUCCUGCUCACCGUCUGUGGCACCGACGUGGCCCUAGACCUGCUGGAGGAACAGGUCAUCUCUGAGGUGGGGGUCAUGACCUGGGUGGGCCGCCAGAAGCAGGAAAUGGUGGAGAGCAACUCCAAGAUCAUCGUCCUGUGCUCCCGGGGUACCCGAGCCAAGUGGCAGGCCAUCCUCGGCUGGGAGGAUGCGGCCAUCCAGCUCCGCUGUGACUGCGGGAAGCCCUCGGGGGACCUGUUCACGGCAGCCAUGAACAUGAUCCUGCCGGACUUCAAGCAGCCCGCCUGCUUCGGCACCUACAUCGUCUGCUACUUCAGCGACAUCAGCAGUGAGAGCGACGUCCCUGACCUCUUCAACAUCACCUCCAGGUACCCGCUCAUGGACAAGUUCGAGGAGGUCUACUUCCGUAUCCAGGACCUGGAGAUGUUUGAGCCGGGCCGCAUGCACCGCGUGGGGGCGCUCACGGGCGACAACUACCUGCGGAGCCCCAGCGGCCAGCAGCUCAGGGACGCCGUGCAGCGCUUUCACCAGUGGCAGGCUCGGUGCCCAGACUGGUUUGAGCUCGAGAACCUCCGCUGGGCAGAUGACCAAGACCUGCCGUCCCUGGAUGAGGAGGAGCUGGAGGAGCCGCUGCUGCCACCGCCUGGAGUGGGGAUCAUCCGGCAAAAGCCGCAGGUGCGGGAGCCCACCUGCGAGGGCCCCCUGGCGGUGGAGCUGCUCCUCGCCGGGGAAGGGGGCGGCCUGUCAAGGCUGGAACCCCGGCCUCGGUCCCCGGGGGAGCCGGCGGCCCAGAUGCUGCAGACGACAGUGGUCCCGGUGGAGAGGGCCCCUCCCGCUCAGGUUGUGGAGCCAGGUGCCCGGCGGAACAGCAUCAUCUUCCUCCCCGUGCACCCUGAGGACCUGCCUGUCUGCAGCACCCCCGUGGUAUCGCCCAACCACCCCCUCGAGGACGUGAUGGGGCAGCUUAAAGGCACAGUGCUCCCCCUCCUCCGGCAGAGCCUGAGCUGCCAGGCCCAGGACCCACUCACGCCCCACGGGGAGGAGCAGCGGCAGUCCGUGCAGUCGGACCAGGGCUACGUCUCCCGGGGCUCCCCGCAGCUCCCCGACAGGCCUGGGGAGGAGGACGAGGACGAGGGGGAGGACGAGCGGGAGGCUGGGGAAGAGAGGCCCCAGCAGCUCUCCCCCGAGGGCCUGGAGAGCCUGAGGAGCCUCCAGCUGCAGCUCUUCUUCCAGGAGCUCGGCAAGAACCCCGGUCUGCAGCCCGAGAGGCCACGUCAGGGCCGCCCAGACCCAGGGCGGUGACAGUGUGUGUAUGUGUCCCUGGGGGCGUCUGGGCGUGUACGCAUGUGGAUGUGGAUAUGUGCCUGUGUGAGGUGCGUACCUUUGAAACAGACUAUUUGAAAAUGUCCCCUUCACUUUUCAUUGUGACUAUCUGGUCACCCUUGUCCCCACAAGAAGCCACAGCCCACUCCCAGGAGCUCGUGGCAGAGUGUCCUAAAUUCUCCAUCACUCAUUCAUUCCUUUGGCCUUUGUUUUGGGCCUGCCAUGUCCCUGGUCAGCAAGGAGCUGACCGUCCAGUGAGAGGGACAGAGUAGCAAACAGGAUGGCCGUGCAAGAUGUAAAGGCCGGACAGAGGCCUGCCCAAGGCUAGGAGGUACCCAGAAGGGUGCCUGGCCCUGGGGAGAAAUUCUGGAGGAGGCAAUUAUGAGCUGAAGGAGAAGCUAGUUUCCUGGACCAAGAGACUGGUUGGAGAGAUGGCAGCCGCAGGGGUGAGGGCUGGAGGGGAGCGGGGCAGGGGAAGUGGAGGCAGUGGGCCAGGCUGGGGCCAUCAGCCCAAAGGCCGAGGCUCCUCCACCCUGCGGGGCUGCUGCCCCAGACACACCCGGAGGCCAGCUUGGGUCAUUUCUGAGCAAAGUCCCAAGUCCUGAGCCCACGUGCGGCCUCAGCCAGUGGGAGAGACCUGGCAGAGGAUUCUUCUGGGGCGGCUGGCCGGGCCCUGGGCUGUAGCCAAGGGCUCACACCGGGGUGGGGAGUGAGGAUCCGGACAGGCCCUUCGGGGGGAAGGUUUGUCACUCUCCAGUUGAAGGCUUGAGGUCCACAGACAGCAUUUAAGGCCCAGCAUUUAAAGAAGCUUUUUCCCAAAGCAGCUCCUUGGGAGAGACUGAGGCUUCUGUCUGGUGGGAUGCCGUCCGCCCUGGGUUUGUGGGUUCUCUGUUGCUUCUACCUGAGCCCCCAGCUCCCGCACGCAGGGGAGGAUUCUGACGUGUGAUGGGAAACCAGGUAUCGUGGGUGUAUGUGUGUCUGCACGUGUGUGAGAGAGCUUACCAAUAAAAGAAUGAAGACGUUUAUUAACUCCGA